AUGUGUGUGAGCCCACCGAACGGUCCCUCUGCUAUGACUGACAGGCUCCAGUCAAAUUUGUCGUGCGUGCUGCUAGGGCCGGGAAAAGUACGUUUUGAACGUCGCCCGACCCCGCAAAUCGUCGACCCUCAUGAUGUUCUGGUGCAAAUUGGUUAUGUUGGGGUUUGCGGAAUCUCCGAAGAAAGUCCCCUUGUCAUGGGCCACGAGGCGUCCGGGACAGUUCAUUCCGUUGGAUCGGCUGUGACCAGGCUCAAACCUGGAGAUCGCGUCGCGAUUGAGCCUGGCAUUCCAUGUCGACGAUGCAACAGAUGCAAAAGCGGAAAGUACAACUUGUGCCCUCGCAUGCGCUUUGCGGCCGACCUGCCCAAGACCGACGGAACUUUGUGCCACUUGUUCAAAGUUCCUGAAGACUUUGCCUAUAAAAUCCCGGAUAGUCUCAGUCUACAAGAGGCAGUUCUCGUCGAACCGCUGAGUGUCGCCGUCCAUGGCGUUCGCCUGGCGGAUCUAAAGGCCGGUCAGACUGUGUUGGUGCAAGGCUCGGGAACAAUUGGUCUCCUUGCUGCGGCCACUGCCAAGGCAUAUGGAGCAAAAGCCGUUUUUAUUGCUGAUAUCAACGAAACAAAGCUUGGCUUUGCAAAAUCCUUCGGAUAUGUCGCCUUCGUUUCGGACACAUCUUCGACGCCAUUUGAAGACGCUGAGAGGUUCAAGAAGGAGGCUUGUCUUGAAGAUGGCGUAGACAUCGUGCUCGAAUGCACCGGCGUGGAGUCAUCUGCACAGACUGGCAUUUAUGCAUCCGCCCCCGGUGGUACGAUGGUACAAAUUGGGAUGGGGAAGUUCAAUCAAUCCUUGCCGCUGGGAGCCAUGUGCGAGAAAGAAACCGUGCUGAAGACAGCCUUCAGAUAUGGCCCUGGGGAUUAUGACAUUGCACUUGAGCUCUUGGUCUCCGGUAAAGUUUCUGUCAAAGCAAUGAUCAGCAGCAUUGUUCCUUUCGAGGACGCGCCGAAGGCAUGGGAGAGGACCAGAAAGGGGGAGGGUAUCAAAAACUUGAUCGAGGGAGUCCAUGUGUAG